AUGACGUCUACCAACCCCACCACCACAUCCCUCCUCCCGACCGCCCCGACCGCCACAGGCUCCCCCGCCGGGCCCACGAAGCCAACCGAGUGCAGCCUCCUCGGCUCGUUCGCCAUCUUCGUGCAGCUCGCCCUCGGCGCCCUGGCCCUGCUCUCGCUCGUGUACAAGCGCUGGCGCGAGCGCCCGCAGCGCCCCGUCAAGAUCUGGUUCUUUGACGCCUCCAAACAGGUCUUUGGCAGCGUUUUGGUUCAUGGCGCCAACGUCUUCAUGUCGCUGCUGACCAGCGGCAAGUUCAGCAUCGAGGUCGAUGCCGGGGCGGUGGCUGCGAAUGGGGUGGUCAGGAGAAUGGUGGGGGGGCUGAUGGGGAGGGCCGAGGAGGACGUGUAUGUGCCGAAUCCGUGCUCCUUUUAUCUGUUGAAUUUGGGGAUUGAUACCACCAUCGGCAUCCCCAUACUCAUCGUCAUUGUGCGCGUCCUGACCAAGCUCGUGGCCUACACCCCCCUCGGUAGCCCGCCUGAGUCCAUUCAGAGCGGCAACUAUGGCACUCCGCCAAACGCCUGGUGGUGGCUCAAGCAAAGCUUGAUCUACUUCUGCGGCCUCAUGGGCAUGAAGCUCGUCGUGCUCUUCAUGUUCAUGGCGUUCCCGUGGCUACCACACGUGGGCGAUUGGGCGCUGGGCUGGACCGAGGGCAACGAGAAGCUGCAGAUCGUCUUCGUUAUGAUGCUAUUCCCGCUCAUUAUGAACGCUCUGCAGUACUAUAUCAUCGACUCCUACAUCAAGAAGCAGGAGGCUGCCGCGAUUGAUGGCGAGGCCUCCACAGGCACUAGCGGGCCGAUCGCUUACGAGGAGCUGGCGAUUUCCGAGAGCGAAGAUAGCGACGACGACGAGGACGACGAUGUGCGGAAGAGCGUCAACGCCGAGAGGAGCUCGCAUGUGCGGAUGGAGAGGCAGGAUUCCGUCACGGGCCGGCCCAAUCGAGAGGGCGAGUAUGAUCCGGAUGUGGAUGGCGACAGCCCGACAAUAAUCGGCAGCAGCUCGAGCCACAUCUCGGACAGGGGGACGCUGCCUAAGCCGUUACUCCCUGCCGAGUAA